AUGUUGCUGUGCGGCUGCGAAGCCCCGAAUUUCGGCCCCUACCUGGCCAACAACUGCGGCGGCAGCAGUUUCGUCAUCUUCAUGUCCCUGGUGGACGCCAUCAUCAGGAACACCUGCGAUGUAUCGGCCGUCUGCGAUAGGGUGAAGCCUAAAUCGAACCCCGAUCCGGUCUACGACUACAUCGUCAUCGGAGGUGGCAGCGGAGGAUCCGCCGUCGGUGGACGUUUGGCCGAGAUGAAGAACCGGAAAACGUUGCUGUUAGAGGCCGGGAUAGACGAGCCGGAGACCUACCAAGUACCGGCGAUGAUACUGGCUUAUUUCAACAAUCCUCUAACCGAUUGGGGCUACAGGACCGAAGAUGAACCCAACGCUUGUAAAUCGUCUGGUAACAGCUGUUUGUGGUUGAGAGGAAAAGUGCUGGGAGGAUGUUCGGUCAUCAACGGGAUGAUGUACACCAGAGGAACACCGGCUGAUUUCGACGUGAGAUGGACGAACCAAGGCAUCAAAGGUUGGACCUACAAAGACGUGUUGCCUUUCUUCAAGAAGAGCGAAGGAAACCAACAGAUUAACGAGUAUGGCGGUCGUUAUCACGGAAGCAGAGGCCCCAUGGUGGUGUCAGAUCAUUACUACGUCCCUGAUAUAGCUAAAGAGAUUCUAAAAGGAGCUGCUGAAGUAGGUUUCCCAGUUUCCAAAGACUUGAACGGCGAUCAGUACACAGGUUUCGCCAUACCGCAAUCGAACGUGAAUAACGGCGCCAGAGAGAGCAUGGCCAAAGCCUACCUAAGACCCCACCGAAACGACCCCAAUUUGCACAUAAUGCUCAACUCCACCGUCACCAAAAUCCUGAUAGACUGCCACAAGAAAGCCUACGGCGUGCAGUUCGUCUACAGGAACGAAACCUACACGGUGAAGGCCAGAAGGGAGAUCGUCCUGGCCGCCGGCACCGUCAACUCCCCGAAAAUCCUGCUCCAAUCCGGCGUCGGUCCCAAAGACGCCUUGGACGCCGUCGGCAUCGACCAAAUACACGAUCUGCCCGGCGUCGGGCACAAUCUCACCAACCACGUGGCCUUCGGAAUGGAUUACAGCGUUAAAGCCCUUCCCGAUCUGCUGGAUACCGUCACGGCCGAAACCAUCACCGAGUAUUUGAACAGCAGGACCGGACCUCUAUCUAGCCCUGGUCUACCGGUUACAUCGAGGCUGCCAUCGACUGCUACGAACUCCAGCGAUCCGGAUAUCCAGAUGUUCUUCCAAUUGACCAGCCACCAGUGCGUGAAAUCCGGACAAUCUGGACUACCGGCCGAUCCGAAGAAUCCACAAGCAGUAAAAACCCUUUCUAUAUCUACUGUUUACUUGCACACUCAAAGCAGAGGUCGCGUCACACUUAAAUCCAACAACCCUUUGGAUCCCCCUCAUAUGGUGGGGAAUUAUCUUACGGUGAAGAACGAUGAGGAUAGAUUGAUCGAUGGUAUCAGAUUGGUGCAGAAAUUAGUCUCCAGUCCAACGUUGAAGGAUAAAUGGGGAUUGGUGUAUAAGAAUAAAACGUUCGGAAAUUGCGCUGAACAACACACGUUCGACAGCGAGGAGUACUGGAGGUGCGCCAUUAGGGAUAGUACAGGCGGGGAGAACCACCAGUGUAGUACCUUGAAAAUGGGUUCUAAGGAGGAUAAAUGGUCGGUGGUUGAUGAGGAACUGCGGGUGAUCGGUAUCAGGAAUUUGAUGGUUGCAGACGCUUCUGCUAUACCAGUGGUGACAUCUUCGAACACCAACGCUCCUAUUGUGAUGGUGGCCGAAAGGGCGGCGGAUUUUAUCAAACGAAAAAGGGCUUGA